AUGGCGAAACGCAAGGCACCUGAAGAACUCUCCACUAAUUUGAAUACUAUCAAAGCUCGCAACCGCGUCUCCAACCUUACUGAAGAUGAGAAGGCUGUUCAUUUAGCACUCAAGGCUGACCAUGGCGAUCUGAGCUACUACUUAAAGAAGUUAUACAAGUCUGCAAAGUAUAUCGCUGCCUCUGCUGAAGACAAGACACGUCUACAGAAUGAAUUGAAGGUUGAGCGUAUUCGUGUUCGGACUGAAAAGGGCACCCAUGCAUCUUGCAUUGCGAAUCAGAAAGUCAAGAAUACUAGCGCCCCUUCUUCUUCUCCACAAGCCCCACCAUCUACUCCGCCACAACUUCUGUCUGAGCUUGCUGCAUUUGAGGGUAUCACCAGUAUCCCAAUCGAUGACGAUCAUAACAGCGAAUGGGAGGAUACUGAGGUUGAAGACGAUUUAGAGUUGGAGCUUAUGUUACGGCGCGACGAUAUUUUAAAUGACGAGGCUGUUCUACCAGAUGAGCUUUCUGAUGAAGAGAUCGCAUAG